GCAAAGGCUACUGUAGUCUAGUGCAAGCAGGCGAGUCUGGGUGCAUUGCCCCGAUAGACGAGUCUGUCAAGUGGCAGCCAUGGUUGCGCUCACAGCAGUCGAGUGGUAGACGGCGGAUGACAAGCACGGUGGAGGGUGGUGGGUGUUGCACGGCACCACGGCGAGUACUGUGUAGAGUAGAGCAGCGCGCACAGGACGGCAGCGCACACAGACACAGCACAGGACAGCACAGGAGGACGCACUUUGCAGGGUGUGGCCUGGGCAUGUGCAUCUGCCCAACACCAGGCCACGGGUGCAAGGGCAGGCAUGGAGUGGUCGAGGAUGGGGACGAGGAGGUGUGCUUGAGCGGAUGUUCCUGCAUGUCUUACUCAGAAGCUUGGCUGGGAUGAGAAGGUUGAGAGCUGAGGGCGGUGCCUGGGACCAGGGGAUGCUUGAAGCGACGGCGGGCUGGGAUGGAAUGGAAUGGAAUGGUACUAUCCAAGUCAAGUGGGUGUCACGGUCACGGUCAUGGCCAUGGCCACGGCCAUGGUCUUGUGUACCGAAGCGGACGGGGCCCUUGUCGUCGAAACCGGCGUGGCUUUCACAGCUGCCGGCACCGGCUAACCCGACCCUCUCUAGCCAGUCUUCGGGGCGACGGUUUCUCGCUGGCCUUGGCGCGUGCAGUGCUGUGAAAGUGCAAGUGCAGGUGAAAGGAGCCUGCACGGGUCGUCACUGCCCUGUCAAUGCCCAUGAUGCCUGUCCACGCACAAAGCCGCCUGUAUAUCCCAUCCCAUCCCACGCCUGCCACUAUUGCCCACUGUCCACUGCCCGUCUCCCCUCGCUCUCCUGUUCGUCCACGCCACACUGCCAACUACUCAACCACUCGACCAACAAUUCACCACUACCACAACAACAACAACAAUAACAACAACAACCACCACCACCACCACCACCACCAUCACCCCACAAUAUAUACACAGACCGGACCGCAUAGUCCCAGCCCCCCAUCUGUUGUCUGCGCCCGUCGAUUGUUGCUGCAUCGAGCAUCGCCUCUGCACCGCGCAUCACCACGCCUAGGCUGUACAUACGUGGUCGGCUUCGUGGCACCCUCCCAGGCUCUCUCCAAAC